AUGUCGGGCCAUCCCCAGCAGCACCAGCAGCAGGGAGGCUACGACGACGGCUACGGCCAGCAGCAGCAUCACCAAGGGAACGAUGCCUACUACCAAGACGACGGCCGUGGUUACAACGAUCAAUAUGAUUACAACCAACAGCAACACGGUGGUGACGGAUACUAUGACGAAUCCGGUUACUACAACGCAGACGCGUCAAACCCCUACCACAAUGACGGAGGUUACUACGAAGGCCACCAAGGCUACCAGCAAGAUGACUACUACAACGAUGGCCAAUACUAUGACCAGGGAGCUGCAGGACAGCAAUACCAAGGUCAUCGUCAAGCCCGUCGCGGCCACGACUCAGAGGAAGACUCGGAGACAUUUAGCGACUUCACCAUGAGAUCCGACAUGGCUCGUGCUGCCGAAAUGGACUACUAUGGCAGAGGUGACGAGCGCUACAACAGUGGAUACGAAGGUGGCCGAGGAUAUCGCCCGCCUUCUUCACAAAUCUCUUACGGCGGCAAUCGAUCAUCUGGUGCAUCAACUCCCAUCUACGGCAUGGACUACAACAACGCCCUUCCCGCGGGACAGCGUUCUCGAGAGCCCUAUCCAGCAUGGACUUCCGAUGCCCAGAUUCCUCUGUCAAAAGAAGAACUGGAAGACAUCUUCUUGGACUUGACUGCCAAAUUCGGGUUCCAGCGAGACAGCAUGCGGAAUAUGUACGACCACAUGAUGACACUCUUGGAUUCUCGUGCAUCCAGAAUGACACCAAAUCAAGCAUUGCUGUCCUUGCACGCUGAUUACAUUGGUGGUGACAACGCAAACUAUCGCAGAUGGUAUUUUGCGGCUCAUCUGGAUCUUGACGACGCAGUUGGAUUUGCCAACAUGAAACUUGGCAAGGCCAAUCGUAGAACCCGAAAGGCUCGCAAAGCUGCAGCCAAAAAGGCAAAGGACAACCCGGCAAAUGAGGAACAGACCCUGGAAGCAUUCGAGGGAGACAAUUCCUUGGAAGCCGCCGAGUAUCGCUGGAAAACCAGAAUGAACAAGAUGUCCCAACAUGAUCGUGCUCGCCAGAUUGCCCUGUAUCUCCUCUGCUGGGGUGAGGCCAAUCAGGUCCGAUUCAUGCCCGAGGCCUUGUGUUUCAUCUUCAAGUGUGCUGAUGACUAUUUGCACUCUCCAGCCUGCCAAAACCGAGUUGAACCGGUUGAAGAACUCACCUAUCUGAACGACAUUGUCACACCUCUGUACACAUAUAUUCGAGAUCAGUGCUACGAAAUCAUCGAUGGAAAGUACGUGCGUCGCGAAAGAGAUCACAGCCAUGUCAUUGGCUACGAUGAUAUCAAUCAGCUUUUCUGGUAUCCCGAAGGUAUUGAGCGCAUUGUGAUGCAGGACAAGGCCCGCCUCGUCGACUUGCCUCCCGCCGAACGAUACCUCAAAUUGAAAGAGGUGAACUGGAAGAAGGUUUUCUUCAAGACGUACAAGGAGACCAGAUCGUGGUUCCACUUGGUUGUCAACUUCAACCGUAUCUGGGUCAUCCAUUUGACCACUUUCUGGUUCUACACUGCCUUCAACUCUCCAACCCUCUAUACCAAGAAUUACCAACAGCAAUUGAACACCAAGCCUGACACGCCCGUGCAGUGGUCUGUGGUAGCGCUUGGUGGUGCACUCGCCUCCCUCAUCCAAGUUAUUGCAACCUUGAUCGAAUGGUCCUAUGUUCCACGUCAAUGGGCAGGAGCACAACAUCUGACCAAACGUCUUCUCUUCCUCCUCGCAGUCUUGGUCGUGAACGUUGCACCCAGUGGUUACAUUUUCUUCUUCAAUCAAACCUCGAAAAUCUCGUUGAUUCUGGGCGUCGUGCAAUUCCUGAUCGCUCUGGCAACAUUCUUCUUCUUCUCUAUCAUGCCUCUCGGCGGCCUCUUUGGAAGCUACAUGACAGGAAAAUCUCGUCAAUAUGUUGCCAGUCAAACCUUCACGGCUUCCUACCCGCGUCUCAAGGGUAACGAUAUGUGGAUGUCUUUUGGCCUCUGGAUCAUGGUGUUUGCCGCCAAGCUGGCUGAAUCCUACUUCUUCUUGACCCUUUCGUUCAGAGAUCCUAUCAAGAUUCUCUCAUAUACGAAGAUUCACAAAUGUGCUGGAGAUGCCAUCCUCAAGGACUAUCUGUGCAAGUAUCAACCUCAGAUCUUGCUUGGUCUCAUGUUCUUCACCGACCUGAUUCUUUUCUUCCUGGAUACUUAUCUCUGGUACAUCAUCUGGAACUGCGUCUUUUCCGUGGCACGUUCGUUCUAUCUCGGUGUGUCCAUCUGGACCCCGUGGAGGAACAUUUUCUCUCGUCUGCCGAAACGUAUCUACUCCAAGGUUUUAGCGACUACUGACAUGGAAAUAAAAUACAAGCCUAAAGUGCUGAUUUCCCAAGUCUGGAAUGCCAUUGUCAUCUCCAUGUACCGAGAGCACCUUUUGGCCAUCGACCACGUCCAGAAGUUGUUGUAUCACCAGGUUCCAUCCGAGCAAGAAGGCAAGCGCACUCUGCGAGCCCCAACAUUCUUCGUCUCGCAAGAAGAUCACUCGUUCAAGACCGAAUUCUUCCCUUCGCAGAGUGAAGCCGAACGUCGUAUCUCUUUCUUCGCACAAUCUCUAUCUACGCCAAUUCCGGAACCACUUCCUGUGGACAAUAUGCCAACAUUCACUGUGCUCAUUCCCCAUUACGGAGAGAAGAUUUUGUUGUCUCUGCGGGAAAUUAUCCGUGAGGACGAACCUUAUUCGCGUGUAACUCUUCUCGAGUACCUCAAGCAACUUCACCCUCACGAGUGGGAUUGCUUCGUGAAAGACACAAAGAUCUUGGCCGAUGAAACAUCUCAAUUCAAUGGAGACUAUGAAAAGAACGAAAAGGACACUGCGAAGAGCAAGAUCGAUGAUCUCCCCUUCUACUGUAUCGGUUUCAAAUCUGCUGCUCCGGAAUAUACGCUGCGAACUCGUAUUUGGGCAUCUCUCCGCUCCCAGACCCUUUACCGUACCAUUUCUGGUUUCAUGAACUACAGCAGAGCAAUCAAGCUUUUGUAUCGUGUUGAAAAUCCCGAGGUCGUCCAAAUGUUUGGUGGCAACUCGGACAAGCUUGAGCGCGAACUCGAGAGAAUGGCCAGACGCAAGUUCAAAAUUGUCGUAUCCAUGCAACGCUAUGCCAAGUUCAAUAAGGAAGAGCGCGAGAACACCGAAUUUUUGCUCCGUGCUUACCCUGAUUUGCAAAUUGCCUAUCUUGAUGAAGAGCCCCCUGCCACCGAAGGCGAGGAGCCACGUCUCUACUCUGCCUUGAUUGAUGGCCAUUCUGAGAUCCUCGAAAAUGGAAUGCGUCGACCUAAAUUCAGAGUACAGCUUUCAGGCAAUCCUAUCCUGGGUGAUGGUAAAUCUGACAAUCAAAACCACGCCAUCAUUUUCUAUCGUGGUGAAUAUAUUCAACUCAUUGAUGCCAACCAAGACAACUACCUGGAAGAAUGCUUGAAGAUUCGAAGCGUUUUGGCCGAAUUUGAAGAAAUGACAACAGAUAACGUCUCGCCAUACACACCCGGUCUUCCUCCAUCGAAAUUCAACCCUGUCGCUAUCCUUGGUGCUCGAGAGUACAUCUUCUCUGAAAAUAUUGGUAUCCUCGGUGAUGUCGCUGCCGGCAAGGAACAAACAUUCGGUACACUCUUUGCUCGUACACUUGCUCAGAUUGGUGGCAAGCUCCAUUAUGGUCACCCCGAUUUCUUGAACGGUAUCUUUAUGACCACUCGUGGUGGUGUAUCAAAAGCACAGAAGGGUCUUCAUUUGAACGAGGAUAUCUACGCCGGAAUGAAUGCUUUGAUUCGUGGCGGUCGCAUAAAGCAUUGUGAAUAUUACCAGUGUGGUAAAGGUCGUGAUCUUGGUUUUGGCUCCAUCUUGAACUUCACCACCAAAAUCGGUACCGGCAUGGGUGAACAAAUGCUUUCCCGAGAGUACUACUACCUUGGAACCCAACUUCCACUCGAUCGGUUCUUGUCCUUCUACUACGCUCAUCCUGGAUUCCACAUCAACAAUAUGUUCAUCAUGUUGUCUGUGCAAAUGUUUAUGCUCGUCAUGAUCAACCUGGGAGCUCUCAAGCAUGAGACAAUCACAUGCUUCUAUAAUCGGAAUGUCCCCCCAACAGAUCCGCUCCGACCCACUGGAUGUGCCAACUUGACGCCGAUCAUGGAAUGGGUCGAACGUUGCAUUGUCUCUAUCUUCAUCGUCUUCUUCAUUUCUUUCGUACCCUUGGUCGUACAAGAAUUGACCGAGCGUGGGGUCUGGCGUGCUGCCACUCGUUUGGCUAAACACUUUGCCUCGCUCUCCUUCAUCUUCGAGGUGUUCGUGUGCCAAAUUUACGCCAGCUCCAUUCAACAAGACUUGUCAUUUGGAGGUGCUCGCUACAUUGGAACUGGCCGUGGUUUCGCUACCGCUCGUAUCCCAUUCGGAGUCUUGUACUCAAGAUUCGCCGGACCCUCGAUCUACAUUGGAGCUCGUUCCCUCAUGAUGUUGCUUUUCGCCACCAUUACUGUUUGGGGCGCCUGGCUUCUGUGGUUCUGGAUGUCACUACUCGGACUCUGCAUCUCACCCUUCCUUUUCAACCCUCAUCAGUUUGCCUGGACCGAUUUCUUCAUUGAUUACAGAGAUUAUCUUCGAUGGCUGUCUCGCGGAAACUCACGUUCCCAUGCAUCAUCUUGGAUUGCCUUCUGUCGUCUGUCCCGUACACGUCUUACUGGUUUCAAGCGCAAGGUUCUUGGGUCCCCUUCGGAGAAAUUGUCUGGAGAUGUGCCUCGUGCUCGAUUCACCAGUGUCUUCUUUAGCGAAGUUGUCGGUCCUUUCGUGCUGGUGGCUGUCACAGUGAUUCCUUACUUGUUUAUCAACGCUCAAACUGGUGUUCAGGGUCCUGAUCUUAAGCCUGCCACGAAUUCUCUGAUUCGUGUUGCAAUCGUUGCCUUUGCACCUAUUGCCAUCAAUGCGGGUACUCUCGCCGUUCUCUUUGCCAUGGCUUGCUGUAUGGGUCCAGUAUUGAGUAUGUGCUGCAAAAAGUUCGGAUCUGUCCUUGCAGCUAUUGCGCAUGCUGUUGCGGUCAUCAUGCUAUUUGCCUUCUGGGAGGUCAUGUUCUUCUUGGAGGGUUGGGUUUUCGCAAAGGCAUUGCUCGGAAUGAUCGCCACCGUUGCCCUGCAGCGAUUCAUCUUCAAGCUGAUCAUUGCUCUUUGCUUGACCCGAGAAUUCAAGGCAGACACUUCGAAUAUCGCAUGGUGGACAGGGAAAUGGUACUCUAUGGGUUGGCACUCGAUGUCGCAGCCUGCACGUGAGUUUCUAUGCAAGAUUACCGAGCUUGGUUUCUUCGCUGCGGAUUUCAUUCUCGGCCACUUCAUCAUGUUUGUCAUGCUAGUUCCUCUCUGCAUUCCCUAUGUCGACAAAUUCCAUUCGGUCAUGCUUUUCUGGCUUCGACCAAGUCGUCAAAUUCGUCCACCCAUUUAUACCAUCAAGCAGUCUCGUCUCCGGAAGAGACGUGUCAUCCGCUAUGCCAUUCUCUACUUUCUCUUGCUUGUCAUUUUCCUCGCCCUGAUUAUUGGACCAGUCAUUAUCCGCAACUUGAACAUCAUCAAAUCUUUGCCCGACAUCCCACUAGACCUGUACCAGCCUACAGGACAAAACAACAACGACACCACAGCCAAUUUCACUGGGUCUGCGUUGGUCGAUUUUGGCAACGCCAUUGGUCCUACCAGCGCAGGAGGAGGAGCUACAGCGGGAACCACGACUGGUAGCGGCGGCGGAUCUGCAACAACCACUAACAACGAUGCAUUCAACUUCAAUGGUGGUGGUAAAUUUAUGCGGUGGUAA